AUGCACGGUCGGCCGCGAGUGACGGUGAAGGCGGAGGGCAGCGCCGCGGGCCAGCAGAAGGCGGCGGAGUCGAACAAAAAGGCGCUUCGGCUGCGCGCCUUGCAGGAGAAGGUGCUGACGUGGCACCAGCAGAACGUUUAUUCGCCAGAAGCGCUAGCAGCCAGUGCAGCGCUUUUGGAGCAAAACCCCGACGUGUAUGUGACGUGGAACUACCGCAAGAAGGCCUUUCUUGCUGACGAAGAGCUGAAACUGAUAGAAGCAGCACUACGGACCAACCCAAAGUGCUACGGCGCCUGGCACCACCGCAAGUGGCUCUUCGCCCUCUCCGCCACCGAGCCUCUCCCGAGCCUCGGAGCCAGCCUCGGGCCAAACCUGCAGCAGGUUCGGAUCAAUCUGCGGACGGAGGCUCGGAUUGCCCGGGAGCAAAAGCUGCUGGGGAUGAUGCUGAGUGCAGAUGAUCGGAACUUCCACGCCUGGGACUACUGGAGGUUCAUAUCGCAUGUGGCCCGCAUGUCACCAGCCAAGGACCUGGCAUUCACCAUGGAGCGAAUCAACGCCAACUUCAGCAACUACAGCGCGUGGCACAGCCGCAGCAAGCUGCUGCUGAAGCUCCAUGCGCGAUCACCACCCACACCCACUGAUUCAGAGGCAGGGGGGUUGCCCCACCCCAGGCCUUUUUUACCGAGCCUCCUAUCUCUCCCGUUUCCCUUCUCGUUCUCUCCCGCGCCCCACAGCAAGCUGCUACCAAAACUCCACUCAAGCCAAGCACCCUCCGAGGCAGGCGGGUUGCCCCAGGCGGCAUUGGAGGAGGAGUGUGAGCUGGUCCGCCAGGCCUUUUUUACCGAGCCUGACGAUCAGAGUGGGUGGAUGUACCAACACUGGCUGCUGCAGCAGAUCCUGCCUCCCCUGCCGCCCCACCUCCUCGCCUCCUGGCCUUCACCUGGAAGCACUGUGUGCUUCUCCUCACCUGAAAAUCCACCUGAGAUAUCUCCUGGAGGCGAUUCUGCAGCUGUGGAGGGCGUUUCCGAAGCCUCUGCCGGAGCUGCGGGCCAGGUUCGGAUGUCUGCAGUGCUGGUGUUCUCCGAACCAGUGGUUGGGGUGACAAGAGAGAGUGUGACUCUAACAGGGGCUGGGCUGGAGGUGGGUGAGUGGAAGGCUGUGGGGGGACAAGAGGCGUGGCUUUCCGGGCGGCAAGCUGGUGCUAGCGGUGCUGCAGGAGGCGGCGAGCAAUGGCGAGUGGACGUGGUCCAACGGGAGAUUGACAUGUGUCGCGAGCUCAUUGAUUUGGAACCAGACAGCAAGUGGGCUCUCCUCUCUCUCGCCCGCCUCCUGUCCACCCGCCGCCAGCUCCACCACCUUUUGCCGAACCUACCCGUGCAGGCUCGGCAAGAUGCCGAGGCUUGCAAGGAGGUUCGGUCGUUGCUUCGGCGGCUGGUGGGGAUCGAUCCAUACCACAAGGAGUAUUACCGAGACCUGCUAGAAGCACUGGAGGGGGAAGAGGUAUGUAGGGUGUGUGAAUGA